AUGUUUACCCAAGCUAUGGGACAAGCGACCAGUGUUUCGGAGGAAUCAAAGAGAGCAGCCAUAGAGCAGCUCAAUGAGGAAGGGAACGUUUUAUUUGGAUCCAGAAAGUUCUCAGCGGGUAUGUUGCAAUUUUUGAUUCUCUACACCGGGCCAAUAUUGAUGACUAAAUACACAUCACCUGAGUAUUUUAGAGUUGGGAACGAUGUCGCCGAACCCUUUUCCGUUGAAAUUCUGAAAGAUUUUCCUCUAGAUAAAGGUGGCAUGGUUUCGUUGUUCUUCGCUGGUGGUGGGGAUGCCCGCUAUUUGUAUGCAACGAUUAUCGAUCUCCAUGAAUCUGGGAAGAGAAUAAUGCCCCCCCUCCCCCCUCGAGAAUAA